GGCCGCUGGCUCAGCCGGCCGCUGGCGGGGCUGGGUGCCCGUCGGACCUGGGGACGGCGCUGCGAGCGGCGUUCCCGCGGGGGUAGCGCCGUACAGCCCGUCCGCCGCUCGUUGCCCCGCGUAGCAAUGCCGCGGUGAACUGCCGCUGUCAGGCCGGGGAGGGACGUGCCCUGCCUGCCCCGUGAGCUGCAGCCGGUGGGCAGCGCGCCGGGGUCAUUUGGGUCCGGUUUCCCAGUUGGCAGUGCCACGGCUGCCCACCCAGCAGAGCUGCUUAGGGGAGCCAGAGGGAUGGUGGUAGUUACGGGGCAGAACAAAGUGAGUGGGAACCCGGAUGAUGCCAUGUCGAGCUCGGAUGCGGAGGAUGAUUUCCAAGAGCCGGCCACUCCUACCGCAACCCAGGCGGGACAAGCGCUACCUCUGCUGCCUCAGCAGUUUCCAGAAGUUGUUCCACUAAACGUAGGAGGCAUGUAUUUUACAACAAGACUGUCAACACUGAGACGUUAUGAGGACACAAUGUUGGCAGCUAUGUUUAGUGGAAGACACUAUAUUCCAACAGAUGCUGAAGGCAGAUACUUUAUUGACAGAGAUGGAACCUACUUUGGAGACAUACUUAACUUCUUGCGGUCUGGUGACCUGCCACCAAGAGAACGAGUGAGGUCAGUUUACAAGGAAGCUCAGUAUUAUUCCAUAGGACCAUUGCUAGACAAUCUAGAGGAUAUUCAGCCUCUGAAAGGAGAAAAAGUUAGACAAGCUUUCCUGGGCCUAAUGCCAUAUUACAAAGAUCAUUUGGAGCGGAUAAUUGAAAUAGCAAAGCUUAGAGCUAUGCAAAGAAAAGCAAGAUUUGCAAAAUUGAAGGUCUGUGUCUUCAAAGAAGAGAUGCCGAUCACUCCCUAUGAAUGCCCACAUUUCAAUUCUUUACGUUUUGAAAGGAGUGAAAGCGAGACAAAGCUAUUUGAACAUCACUGCGAAGUAGAUGUAUCUUUUGGCCCCUGGGAGGCUGUGGCUGAUGUAUAUGAUCUUCUGCACUGUAUUGUGACAGACCUGUCUGACAGAGGGAUAACUGUGGAUCAUCAGUGUAUUGGUGUCUGUGAUAAACACCUGAUAAAUCACUAUUACUGCAAGCGUCCUAUCUAUGAAUUCAAGAUUACUUGGUGGUGAGUUAUUUUGUCCAGAAUGGUGCAGGCAUAAAAGGACUUCUAGACGACAAUUGCUUUUAAUAUUUUUGCAACAUGUCUCUGGAAAUGCAUUGCUGCUAACAUGUAUUGGAAUCAGUCUGCUGAAGUGUUGGCUAACGCUUCGCUGCUCAGCAAAAGGGCACCUGUUACUGAGGUUGAAAAACCUCUGAAAUCUUGAAAAACCAGCCUGAAACAAGACUGUUGGCUCAGGUACCUUAACGAGGCACAAAACAAAAUCACCUCAUGGAAAUUAUGGAGAGGAGCAUCUUAACAUCUUUUAAAAGGUGCCACCUGACACGUGGCUUUAGUAUCAUAGUCUGCAAAAUGGAUAUUGCAGGUCUCACCUGCAUUAUUAUAAAGCUGGGGUGCUAAUAAUGCUGACAUAACAUGGUUCAAUUUUACCCACUUACAAAUGUUCUAAUCACCACUUAAACUUACCACUUUAUAAAACUGAGUAACACCCAGCACAGAGAUUCUGGAAAUGUAAUUUUCAUGUAAUAGGUCAUUUAAAAAACAAAACAAAACAAGGAGUAUUCCCUAUAUAUUAUUAAUUGUCGUCACGAUGAAGCUAUAUUCAUUUUUUAAUUAAGAAUCUGCAUUGUGAAUUAUAAUAUGAUAUUUCAGUUAUUUUCUUUGUUAGAAAAAGGAAUAGCAGAUUUGGAAUAUAUUCCUUAAUGCUUUUAGGAAUAAUAACUGUUCAUGGAAGACUUGUGCCUGUUUUUAGCCUUAGAAAUUCUAAAUGUUUACAGUAUUUACAAAAAAGAAGCUCUAAUAGAAUCAGGUCAUUUACAAAGGCUUUUGGUAAAUGAGAAAACCCUGUAUGUAUGUUCCUAUUAGCAGAAGUUAGAGGAAUAUUUAAUGUAUAUUAUUUUGUUACUGACUCUUUUUACAUUCUGUGAGAAUAACUGUUCUAGAGUUGGUCAAGUGAUGAUACUAGACAAGUGCUUCCUUCACCACACCUUCUUCAGACAAUUAAGUCUCAUUUUUAACGUAUUUGUUGACCCUUCCUGGUGUGAUAUCAGGGGAAAAAAGGUCAAUCUUCAUAUUCAAAUGUUUCUCCAAUUAUAAAUGGGUAUAUCUGAGGAGGAAAUUUCUUUCCACACUGAAAGAGGCAGCCAUUGCAGAAUCAUAUUCUUUUCAGAAGGUAAUUGUUGCGUUUCUGACGUUAAUCACAUCUCAAAGCUGAAUUUACUUUAUGUCUAAACCUGAAAGAUUGAUCCAAACAUCUGAAAAUACUACUGUUUUGUGAGGUACAGAAAGCUUGAGUAUUUUUCUAGAAGACCCCACUUGAAGUGGCCUCAAAAUAAUCGUGAGGGGAGAGGGAAAGUGUUUGCAUAUUGCAUUCCAUUGGAUUAGUUAAUCCAAGAAUAUUACUUAAACUUUUGACCAAAACACUUAGGAAACAUGUUAAUUACAAUGAUUAAUAUUCUCAGUUACCUGAGGUAAUUCUCAGAAUAAUUCUAAGAACUUUAUGAUCAAAGUGUCUUGCAAAACAGAGGCAAAUUGUUUGCAUUGUCAUGCUUUUAUGUAUUUAAUUUAGGAAUUCUUAGUAAAUUGUCUCUCUGAGGUGGGGGCAUAUAGUUCUAAUGAUCUCUGGUUUUUUAUUUUUUUACUUGCAGAGUUACUUGCAAAGUUUACUUGCAGAGGGUCUUUGUCAAGUGCUGAGUUUCAAGUUCAGAGCUUAAAUUUUGAAAUGGAGGGAAGGAGGAAGUUUAUGCAUUUGAAUCUUAAUUUUAAGUAUGUUUAAAUGGUUUUCCAAGAUAUUGAUUGGCCUUUGUGUUACAAGUUGUUGUUUGACACCCCAAAAUUAAAAGUCAAGCUGAGAGUAGUGAAGUUUCCCUAAAAGGUGAGGAAGCUUGCAUGGUUUCUUUGCUACUCUGCUGGGUUCAUUUUUCUCCCCCCUCCCCGAGAAUCUUAAACUGUAAACCACAAUUUCUGAUAAAAUGACGGACGAACUUAAAGGUGAGGCUUACAAAGUUUUGGCCGCUUGUACACUUGAGACAUUGAAGUUCAAGAUUUUCAGUAUCUGUUUAAUUGGAGACUACAAUGAGGAUUGCAGUUUUACUGGGUUAUUCAGUGGGUUUUGCCGCUUCCCAUACAUGUAUUUAUGUGGCACGUGACUCUGGUUUGAAUUUCAGCACUACUUGCAGAAAUGGAAGUCUGAUUUAACAGUAUGGUUUUUAGUUUGGCUUUAAGAAUUUUUCUGCUGUUGUUCUAGAGAAGCUAUAAUAACAAAAUCCCUGUUUUGAUCAUGUUUGUUAUUUCUUAAUGUGCACACCCCCCCAAUAUUUUAUAACUUUCUCCUGUUUAGUGCUUAAAUAAGGAAGGAAGACUACCUAACCAAAAAGAUAAGAUUAAAAUCUUGGUCUGUACCAUGUACAUCUUAAUUGAAGCUUUCAUCCUUCAGAUCCUCCAGAAGACAGCAAACAUUAAGUGCAAUAUAGAAAACAUGGAUUUGAGCUGACAUGCUUUCAUUGAAUACAUACAUUCUGUGUUGUGAUUUGUGCAGGUUAACAAUAUUGUUAGCAAUGACACACUUCUUCUAAGCAGUCUUUGUUUACAAUUAUUUAGAAGAUAUUACCUAAUAUGUGUUCAUUUUUUGGCAGAAACAGAAGAGUUGUGCAGGUGGAUGUUGAGGGAGUAUAAUCUAAUAACUGGUUUAUAUGACAUUAUUGACUUUUCUUGGCAUAUAGCGUAAUUUUUGAAAUCUGCAUUUGCAGCAAAAAUGUGAGUAGCUGAUCUACUAAAUCCAUGUUUAAGAUGAUAGAUGGUUUUGUAUAUCGUGAGUGCUUUAUAAUUGUCUAAUUAAACUAAAUACCUAUGUAA